UUGUCAGGAAAGUGAUAUGCCAAUCCAGGAGCUACUUAGCCGUUACGGCUACGAUGGUACCAUUCCACUCCAAGAAGAUGAUGAUGAUGAAGAUGAUGAAGAAGAGGAGGAGGAGGGAGAAGAUGAUGAUGAUGUUGAUAACGAUGACAACAGUGGCUGUAGUGGUGAAAACAAAGAGGAGACCAUAAAAGAUUCAUCAGGUCAGGAAGAUGAGACACAGUCAUCUAAUGACGACCCAGCACCAUCUGUUGCUUCUCAAGAUCCACAGGAGAUAAUUCGCCCUCGUCGCUGUAAAUAUUUUGAUACAAAUAGUGAAAUAGAAGAGGAAUCUGAAGAAGAUGAAGAUUAUAUUCCCUCAGAAGACUGGAAAAAGGAAAUCAUGGUAGGCUCUAUGUUUCAAGCUGAAAUUCCAGCUGGCGUAUGUAAAUACAAAGAGAAUGAAAAAGUGUAUGAAAAUGAUGACCAGCUGCUGUGGAAUCCUGACUUCUUACCAGAAGAUAAAGUGAUCGAGUUCCUCACUGAAGCAUCGAGGCGUACGGGUGAUGAGAAAGGCUUAGAUGCAAUUCCUGAGGGAUCACAUAUUAAAGACAAUGAGCAGGCAUUGUAUGAACUGGUUAAGUGCAAUUUUGAUACUGAAGAAUCAUUACGAAGGUUGAGAUUUAAUGUAAAAGCAGCCAGAGAAGAAUUAUCUGUUUGGACAGAAGAAGAAUGUCGGAACUUUGAGCAAGGACUGAAAGUCUACGGCAAGGAUUUUCACGUCAUUCAGGCAAAUAAGGUACGAACAAGAUCGGUUGGUGAGUGUGUAGCAUUUUAUUACAUGUGGAAGAAAUCAGAGCGUUAUGAUUUCUUUGCCCAGCAGACCCGAUUUGGAAAGAAGAAAUACAAUCUGCACCCUGGUGUAACAGAUUAUAUGGACCGUCUCCUGGAUGAAAGCGAAAGUGCUGCUUCCAGUAGAGCUCCGUCCCCUCCUCCUACAACUUCCAACAGCAGCACCAGCCAGUCUGAGAGGGAAGACAGCACAACCAGCAGCAGUAAUCAGAAUGGGGUGUCUGCUAACGGGCCAGGUGAGCUACCAAAUAAAGAUGAAGCAAAAAUGGAAGGAUUGCACGUAAAUGGACCUACCAGCGGCAAGAAAACACCUCACACGGAUCUGGAUACAAAUGGGUAUGAAACUGAAAACCUUGCCAUUGACCCAAAACUUGCUCAUUCAGCUUCAAGAAACGAAAAUGAUUUUGAAGAAAAAAAUGAAAGACCUCUAAAAAGAAGAAGAAUGAACAGCAAUGGAAAAGAGAGUCCAGGUUCUUCAGAGUUCUCCCAAGAAGCAAACUCACACGGGAGGCUUGAAGAACUAGAGACUCUGGAUGACUGAAUACUUAGGAGCUGAUUUUAUUCCUUGGAGUAAAUUUGGGGUGUCUAAAAUUUUCAGGGUUGAUGGGUUACCUUACAAAAUCCAGUUCUGUAAAACAAUCUGCAGAGA